CGGCUAAUUCAAACUACAUCUGUCUCUCGACUGCAACGCAUCGUUAGAGAAUCGAAUAUCGUAUGGAGCACGUGCCCCCAGGGCGAACUUAGAACGAAAAGCUCUGGCUGCCAGUUACAGUCAACCCACAGCGCAGCGCAGUCAAUCUUUAGGUGCGAAUCGAAACGGUCGGCCCGGGCUAGAACAACUUGCUUCGAAAGAACGUAAACUAGCCAACCAGUCAGCAUGGUUGUUGUUCAAGAGCAGUACUUCAAACACGCGGACGGUGCCUACGAAGCGGCCGCCGUUAAGCGCCGGCGCCCCGACAAACCUUUUAGCCUUGACAGACUGGAGAAGAACGUGCGGUUUGCGCUGGUGGAAAUUGUUCCGAAAGUGGUUAAAGUGUUGUUAUUGCUAGUUCCUGCGCUUGUACGCGACUUUGUGCAGUUGGUGGCGCCGGCGAAAAAGAAAUCUAUCGGGGGCCAGGUGGCUCUGGUCACCGGCGGUGGCAACGGUCUGGGCCGAGCGCUCUGCUUCCGAUUGGGUCAGGAAGGCUGUUCGGUGGCCGUUGCCGAUAUUGAUGUGGUCAGUGCGCGUCAGACGGCCGAAGAAGUGCGGGCCAGGUUCGGAGUGAAGGCCGAUGCUUUUCACGUCGAUGUAAGUGAUUACGACUCGGUUUGCCAGCUGAAGAAGGCCAUCGAAUCGUCACUGGGCAAUGUUGAUAUUUUGGUGAAUAAUGCGGGUCUGCUGGCCAUGCUUUCUCUGUCCGAAGGAAAGCCUGAGGAUGUCCAGCGGAUAGUGAACGUCAACCUGUUGUCGCACUUUUGGACAAUCAGAGCGUUCAAAGACGGCAUGGUUGAGCGACGCCGUGGACACAUUGUGGCCAUUUGUUCCGUACUAGGUAUAAUUCCUUUUGGCCGAACCAUCAGCUACUGCGCCACCAAAUUCGGAGUAAAGGGACUGAUGGCAUCGCUGGAGAAUGAAUUCUACCAGGACGGUCUGAAGGACGAUGUGCGAACAACGUGUGUCUACCCGGGGGGAAUACGCACCCGGAAACAGUUCAUCGACAUGAUGAAAGAUCUCAGAAUACCUGUUCAAUUCAACUCGCCCGAAUUCGUAGCCAACGCAAUCGUGAAUGCAGUGUUGAUCAAUAAAACUGAGGUCGUGCCGAGUACGCUUGGCAUGCGAUUUGUUGCUGCAAUAUACCCGUAUGUGCCCAAAUCGAUAAUACUGCUUGUGUCGGACAUAGUUGUAGGAACUAUGCCUGUCCUAACAAAUAGGGAAUAACCUACUGUUGUGUUCCGUGGGAGAACAAGCCUCAUGCGGCUUGUAGUUUCUACAUGAUCGAUAAACUAUGAUAAACUGUUUGCUUUAGCUUAGCCGGUCAUGCGUGUGGAUAAAUAGGUAACGUGCAUUACACGAUCAGCAUGUAGAAUCUAUUAUUACUACGGCGCUGUGUCAUCACGUGUGAGUGGGAGAUCCACGCUUUCAAAUUGCAGUCAAUUUGAUGACAUAGUAUAAUGAAAGGCGAUCCUGUUGAAAGGCAGAAAAAAACAAUAGUCAUGAUUAUGACACAGCGUGAUUUACACUUUGGAACUGAUAAUUUUAAUUCAGGUUGACAUAAAUGUAAGACAUUGUGUAAGUGAAAAUCACUUAAAUUUUAGAUCCCAAAUUAGUAAUAUAUUUAAAUGUAAAAGAAAUAUUAUUAAAUGUAAAUGCAAGAUUCUUUGAUUACGACUGGUGCUGUUUUAUUGUUGGGAUCUUUUCAGCGUAACAGUCUACUCGUAAUAUCAUAACUACUGUUUGAUUCACAUAUAUAUUCAACGUUUCGAUCCUUAUUGAUCUUUCUCAAAGAUUCGUAAUAUUUGUCUUUAUUUUCGUCAAACUGAAGCUUUGAGAAAGAACCAAUGAAGAUCGAAACGUUGGAUAAACAAAUCACACAAACAUUUUGAUUUUACGAGUAGACUGAUACGCGAAAUAGAUCAAAACCGCAAAUGCAAGCAAGAAUAAAUAUUAACGAUAUAGCCGUAUCGAUGACACAAGAAUAAAAAAAAUAUUAUUUAUGUAUGUAGGUAUGUUUCAAAAAAUAAUGUUCCUCAAUGAUUCUAUAAAAAAGUUUAUUUCUUUCAAAGUAGGAUAAAAUUCUA